CCCUCGCUGCCGGCCGGCGCUGCGCUGGGGGUGCCGGCGGCAUGGCGGAGUCCCAGGUGCUGCUGCUGGACGAGCUGCACGUCAACGAGAAGGUGACAGAGGCCCAGGCCCGCUUCUACUACAGCGAGGAGCAGCGCCGAGCCCUGGAGGCGCUGGUGACCCGCGGCGAGGCCGCGUACCGGGAGGCGCUGAGGAAGGAGCAGCUCCGCGAUUUCCUCUCCGGCCGGGAGCUGCAGGACCUGCGGGGCGGCUGGCGGGGCUACGACGACCCCCGUGAGGGCGGCAAGGUGGCGCGGGGGCCCGGCGGCGAGACCCUGUCGCUGGCCUACUGGCCCGAGUGCUCGGACACCGAGGUGCCCCCGCUGGACUUGGGCUGGACCGACAAGACGUUCUACCGUGGCAUCAGCCGGGUGUCCCUCUUCACGCACCCGCGCAAGGAGGAGAGCGCGCCGCACCUGAAGGAGGUGGUGCGGGAGAUGAUCCAGCAGGCGCAGAAGAUUAUUGCGGUGGUCAUGGAUGUAUUUACGGACCGGGACAUCUUCCGCGACAUUGUUGAUGCAGCGUAUAAGCGCUGGAUCCCAGUCUACAUCAUCCUGGAUGAGGAGGGGGUCAAGCUCUUCCUGGAAAUGUGCAAAUGCCUUGAGCUCAGUGACUUGCAGAUCCGGAAUGUCCGCAUACGCUCUGUGACAGGAGUUGGGUUCUACAUGCCAUCAGGGAAGAUCAGAGGCACGCUGGCAUCCCGAUUCCUGAUGGUGGAUGGUGAAAAGGUGGCCACUGGAUCAUACAGCUUUACAUGGACUUCAUCUCACAUUGACAGAAACAUCCUGCUAGUCUUGACAGGACAGCACGUGGAGAUGUUUGACAUUGAGUUCCGUGAGCUCUACGCCAUCUCAGAGGAAGUUAAUUUAUACAAGGAACUGGGUAUUGCUAACCCAUUCCUCCAUGGAAUUGGAAAGCCAGGCUUUCAUUCCUCCACCGUGGCUCGGAAGUUCAUUAACCCAAAGUAUGGUUUAGUAGCAGGGGCAACCCGUGGUGAUAUGAUGCUCUGGGCUUCACGGCACAGGCAAGACAAUCAGGGAAACAUGGAAAAGGAGGAAACAAGUGAGUCAAAGAAACGGUUAAAUCAGUUCCUGAAUGACUUAGUCACAUUGGAGCAAGUGUUCCCAGAAAUAGAUCCACCUCUGGAGAACUUGAACAAGCUGAAUCGGAGCCCCCAGAAACUGUUGUCCCGGCUCCACAUGGACCUGAAAAACAAAUCCAAAUCCAGAGAGUCUAUUCGUGACAUAAAGAAAGAAGAUGCACAGAACAAUGCAAAGCAAGGGAAACGGUUUGCCAGUGGGCUUUUCAGUCGCAAGGCCAAGCGGUCUCCAGGCUCAAGCAUUGAGGCCAAUUCUUUUGCGAGUGAAGGACAUUCAGGAGAAGACCUUGGCAACAUGAAACUGGAGUAUGAGAGGCUCAGCAUUGGCCAUGCUAGUGUUCGGAGUGCUGGAGGUAACUCAGGUAACCUGAAUCCAAACUCCACUAUGAGCGAUAAAAACAAACAAUCUACCUGUGUGUUAUCUUGAUUGGGAAGGAUUGUCCGGAGAACUAAAGACUGAAUCUCAAGCUGGAACAGUAACUUCUUGAUUGAUGUUGAACCUACAGCCAUAUCCUCAUGCAGUGACCUGUAAAGGCACUGUGGGUCCUGGAUGCAUCUGGCACCCCUGGCUAAAGCACAUUUACUGGGUGAUGAGCAGACUUUGGAUAGUCGGUCCCUUAAAUGAGGGUUAGUGAUGAAUGUAUUAGUCCAUAUGUCUAUGUGCACACAUAUUUUGUAUAUAAAAACAACUGUGAUGACUGGUCUCAGAGCUCACUCUGUGCCCAGAGAAAUGCAGGAGAUUAUCUGACUUACUUGUGCUGCUACUUUAGUCUGUCUAGCUGCAGACUUGGAAUCACUGUGUUGCAUUGUUUACUCUACUGCACUGUAAAAAUGUAUUGAUCUGACUGGCUGUAAGGCUGAAUCCAAUUGAAGUGGCAAAUUCUGGGUGAUGUUUUAGGGAUGUUUACAGACAGUGGAGCAAUCCUUUGUCCAUAAGGAGUCUUCCUGUAGAUUCCUGUUGUCACUUGCCCAGGCAGAAAUGAGCAGUCUGGGAGAAGGGUUUAGAUAACAGUCGCCUACAGAGCAGUAUCAGAACUGUUUCACCUCAUAAAUGUAGCAGUCGAACAAAGUGAUUUAGCAAGAAUGUGGCAAAGAGGAAAAUGGAAUAUAGGGUAAUGUUUAACAUACACUUGAGACUGGGUCAGGAGAAAUGCCUGAUAAGGGGCCUGGGCAGGAUCUGGGAGCAAUAACACGGACUUCAGUGGCUGUGAUGAAAUCCCCAUUGUUGCCAAUUCAGCAAUAUUUUUACCAUUCCUGGAAACUGAAUGAUUAAGGAGCCAAACUUUGUGGGUUGAAAGAGAAAGCAGUGGAGGCAUGCAAGCUUUUCAAAUGUCCUUUUUUAUUUUUUUAAAGUUAACCUUUCCAGAAUCUAAAUCAUGCUAAAAUUGAGAGCUUUGAUCCAUAAGAAGCAUUGUGUGCAAUCAGACCAAAGGCCAUCUGAUCUGCUGUUCUGCCUCUGAGAAUAGCCUGUAACAGGUGAUCACAGAAGCAUAAAAUACAAGGCUUGUAUAUACAGAGGUCUUUCUCUGACACCAUUCCAGCAGUCUAUGGACUUUCUCAGCUUUCUGGCAGUUCCUUCUGGACCUGGUCUUAAUGAAUGCACUUAGUCCCUUUCUAAAAAUCCUUUUUUACUUUUGGCCUCCAAAGUGUUCUGUGGCAACAAACCCUAAAUUCAGUGCAUGGUACAAAAAAGAACUGUUGUCAGGAUGUUUUAAUGGUUUCCUUGAUGAUUACCUCCUAGCUACUGUGGGAUCUGACUGGCAUUUCUGUCCUCUUGUUCACUAUCCUUUUUCCAGUUCUGCUCACUAACAGAGUGGAUAAACAGAUUGUUUUUGUCUCUACAGUGGGCAGAUUGACAUUUCACUCUGCUUUCUUGCCAUUUAAAUUACAUAUCCUGCUGCCAUAAGUAAAUCCUCUUGUGAUACCUAAAAAAAUUAGAUCCUAGUUAUUAGAAGAGACCUGAAAACUAACAUGCCUACUUGCAAAAAAAAAAAAAAAAAAAAUAAACAUUAGAAAACCACAGGUUUAGUUUUUUUGGGUGGUUUUUUUUUUUUGUUUUUUUUUUUUUUUUUUUUUUUUUGUUUAGAGAAACCAUCGGGGUUUUUAGCUGCACAACAAAUUCACAGCAAAGGCAAUUGAUACACUCCCAACACAGAAGCAGCUGAUCUAAAGGCUCAGGUGCUGGGUUGCAGUAGAGGUUGUUACACUCAAACAGCUGUCUGUAGUUGAUGAUAAAAUGCAGUUGAUUGAUUCACUGAUUGAUUAAUUGCCUUUCCUUGAAGUAUAUUUAAUUGAAUGGCAAGCAGGUCUCUUUUACUCCAUUUACUCUGCAGAAUGUCUUGAGAUGUUAAAAUACCAAAGGUAUUGUGCCCUCUGUUAAACAUACUUGUCCUCAUUCCAUGGGUUAAAUGUUUGCUAGUCUAUAUAAUACAUUCUAUAUAGCCUCAUGGGAAUGAGCUGUAGUUUUACAGCUGGGUCUGUCAGCUCAUAUCAUGAGCAGUGUUUCAUAAAAUUGUUCCUGGUAAUGGGGAAAAAAAGAGGUGUUGGAAAUGACACCACCACUUGGAUGUAGAAGUGACGUGAUAGCUGAGUUAUCGUAUUGGCUUCAUGUGUGUAGCUCAUGUGCCUAAAGCUACUCACUGUGUUUGCAGGAUUCCUGAAAGUGGUUUGAUUUUGCCAUACUUUGAUUACCACUCUGCAGACAUUUGGGAGACUUUUUUUUUCUCUCUUUGUGUUUAUUUCACUUUGUUAGCAAAGAUCAGAUAUAAAUUUAUUAGGCUGAUGUUGUUCCACUUUUUGUUCUGAAAAGAACAGUGUCAUCUGGUGCUUCAUUUUCCUCCCAGGCUUUUAAAAUAUUUAUUUUUUUAAUUGUGCAAUAGGUUAAUUAACUAAUUAGCACCAUGUUGAUAUAUAUGGUCAGGUUUUCCAGGAAGUCCUUUAUCUCCUUGUUGCUUCAUCUUGGGUGACUUCACAAAUAGUCCAAGAGGCUGAUUUCACUUGUCCUUCUUUUCCUUCUGCACUUACGCAUUAGUGUGCUUUACUUUCUCUUCCCUAUGGUGGAUGUCAGAGCUCUUUUCUUUAACCUGUCAACUAACAGGAUAUCCUUUCCAGAGAAAGUCUCUCAUCUGCUUGUCUUCUUUGUUGCCACACCAGUUCCUGAAAGGUAAUGUUCACUUGUUUUCAAAUUCUUUCCAUGGAAGUCAGUCUCAUGCCUUGACUCCAGGGGCUAGUAGAAUUCCUUAGGCUUAUCACGCGCUGCUUAAUUACUUAAUUUGAGAGAACAAACUUGCUUUUUGCAUGAUAUAAAUCUGCUCCUUAAACUCAGCAUGACUCUGAGGAUGCACACAGCCUUGUUGAUCCAGAGUGGAGGUUUCAUGCUCUGGUGGAACUAGUUCUUCCCUGAAGAUAAAAUCUGCUGAACUUGGGCUAUUUACCUGCUCCUAUGGCAACAGAAGAGAGUCUCUAUGAGGUGAACACAUUUAUUUUGACUAGUUUUUGCUAAUUGUUGUUCUUGAUGAGUGCUAUAAACCUGGGGCUGUGACCUGUAAAAUGAACCUCUCUUGCUCUCCAGAUAAAAUGUGGUUGAUGGUACUGGGGGUCACAGGGGCAAAGAGCAGUGCUUAGGAAUUGUGUUGGAAGUCUGCCAGCAGAGGUUGAAGGUAGAGCAGUCUUCAAAUAAGCUGUCAUUUGGUGCUUGCCCAAGAUGUCCCCUCUUGUAAUCAAGUCACCAACCUCCUGAGGGGGUGAGAAAGAUGGGAGUUGUUGUUCUGUUGCUACUCAAAAGAGCCAGAUUAGCUCUCUUUGACAUCUGUAUCCUGACCCUGUACAAUCCCAAGAGGACGCCUGUCCUCUGAAUCUCUUUUCCUCUUUAGCUGGUCUGUGUGGAGCACCAUGGGGCCUACAGCUGUGGUCCUGGUUUUGGACAGAAAGUAAUGAAGCUGGGGCUCGUGGCUCUCUCGUUCUGGCCUGCAAUGGUGAGUGGUUCAGAAAGAGCCACUUGGCUGAAUGUGUGCCUUCUGUGUUUCUUUUGGUAUGCAUUUGUAUAUUUAAUGUAUAUGUGUCCAGUUAAUUAUGUGGGAGACCUUUUCUAAGUCAAACAAAUAAACUCUAUACUGUGUUACAUUUA